AUGUCUGAGAUCCGAACCCAGGAGGUUGGUGUCCCGGCCGCGAAGGAGACUGAGAGCGUGAAAGUGGAAGAGAGCAAGCCGUUCUCCUGGCUCGAGCCGCAUCCUACUUUCGUCAUUAUCCUCGUUGGCCCCGAGGAAUCUCCUUUUGGUAUCCAGAAGGAUUUCCUUUGUUCCCGAUCUGAGUUCUACGAAAAGCAUUUUACAGCGACGAACCAAGACGAGAAGAUUGAACACAUCAUCAAGCUCCCAGAGACAACAAAGGAAAUCUUUGGACUCGCCCAAAACUUCCUCUACACAGAAAAGGUCAUCUCGGAUGAGUCUAACGUGCCAUCCUACGAGGCCCUUGUUGGCCUUUGGAAGUUGGGCCACAAACUCGGUAUCAAGGGGCUUUGCGACAAGGCUCUUACUGCCAUGAUCGACUGUCGUCGCAUCACAGAAACGAUCCCAGCUACACCUCUUCUCAUUCAGGUCUGGAAAGAUACGCCUGAAGGGUCCUCGAUUAGGAAGCUGCUGCUCUCAUGGACUGCCGAGUAUAUGAGAUCUUCGGACGCCAGGACAGAGUUUGCCAAGUCGCUACCUCAAGAAGUCCUAAGCGAGCUUGUUGUCGCCAUGAGCUCCUUCGAUACGGUUCCCACGCCAGAAGAGCAACCUACUGCUGUCGCACUUCCAUCGGUGACGCCUCGAAAGAACGUUCAUUAUCUGGAAGAUGAGCCGGAGAACGAAGCCAAGAAGAGCAGGCGAACAAGUGGCACCUCAGUCAGCACUCCUUUGUCAGCGGAUCGAUCGAUCAAAGCACGUGGUUCUCUGCCCAAACCUGCUUCCAGACGUCGAACUAGCGCAGGGUUCGCGGAAGCAAGAGACUUCACCACAGCACAGAAGCUUGAGUUCUGCGCUGACCUGUUAACUCGCAUGCUAUCUGGGCCUGGCUUCUGGACCAGACUUGUUGGUCCGUUCCGAGAUGCCGUCGAGCCAGUCGAAGACGGCGUUCCAGACUACUUCGAAAAGGUUAAGCGACCUAUGGAUCUUAGUACGAUCAAGGUCAAGAUGGACCGCAAGGAGUACAAUGACGAGGAAGAGUUUCUCAGGGAUGUACGCCAGAUUUUUGACAACUGCUUCACAUACUGGAAGAAGGGCGAUCCCAUGUGGCUUGCCGGAGAGAAGCUCCAAAAGACCUUUGAGGACAAGUUUUCCCACAUGAACAAGUGGAUCUCUAAGAUGGGUGGCGAUGAGGUUGAGUAG